UCAUCACGCAAACUGCUCUGGCGAGGACGAUAUAAUGCUGUAGCGACUGGCGGCAUAGCUGUUCGACAGGUGGCGACCGAUGAGAUGGGAGCACAGUAUGGGAGCUUGACGGUUCUUGGUGCAGUCGCGCUGUGCGCGGCCCUUGGAGUAGUGACUGGCAGGAAGAUGGCAAUCCCAGAGAAGCUGACGUGGUGCGGGGGGGACACCAUAAUGGAGGCGUCCGUGGAGCAGCACGAGGGAGCGGACGGCCAGCAUCUCUUCUCGGGCUACGUGUACACGCCUGUAGAUGUCGACGAAAAGUUUCUGCUGGUGUUGGAAAUGUACCUGCCGAUGCCAGACGGCGGGACAGAAGACAAGCCUACGGUGCUCAAGUUGCCGGACCCCUGUCGCACCCUGAAGUCAUCCAUGCCCGACAUGCUGGAUGCCAUAGCCUCCAUGGUCAACCGGGAGGCGGAGUGUCCUACUCCAAAGGGAAAUUACAGCUUCACAGAUCAGACUAUGAAGAUACCAGUGGACUCUAUGCUUCUGCCUCUAGGGGACUACAAGGUGCACGUGGAGUCAUUUCUAGAAGACAACAAAGCUUCCUGCGCCGACAUGGCCUUCAAAUUGGUCAAUGAGUGAAAGUAAACGUUGACAAUAAAUACUUAUGAACAAA